UCCCACGUCCGCUUGGGGCGCCCUAUAAAAGGCAGAAGGGAGAGCGGUUCCCGCACUUCGGGAGCGGUUUUUUUUGGUGGCCUCGCGGCUGAAUGUGCAGGAAAAACGAUUGUCCCUGGCACUGCUGAGCGAAGGGACUGACGGAAGUGGCAAUUGAGACCUCAACAUGGAGGAAGUUGGGAGACCUACUCCUAAAGCCAGUCCAGCCAAAGACAGGAGAGCAGCAUAUGUUGCAAGCAAAUCGCUACACAAAACCGAGGUCGGUGAAGAAGAGAUUUUGGAAGAAGUCAAAGCUUGCCAAGUUGCAGAGAAGAAUCUUAGCAAUGGCUGGACCCAGAAACCUGAGAACCUCACCAGUCACUCUGUGGAAAAUUGGCUCACAAACUGCGUGCCGACUGGAGAUAAAAAUGGAAACACUGCUCAGAAAGGUGCCAACCAGCUCAAACCUGGCAGCAACAUUGAAGACGAUCUGUUGCUUGGAGCGGAAGCCCAAAAUCUCUGCGGAAGCAAGGCCAUUAACAGAGUGCUUAACAGUGAAGAAAGAGUGCUUGAUCUACCUAAAACCAACAAGAAGAAGGUGGGGUUUCAAAACAUGGGCCAGAGCUUCAAUUCCUCGAGCUCUGGAAACACCGUCUCAAGUGUGUGCGAGCUCUUAGACCUGUGCGAGGAGAACCCGGAGGAGAUCCUUUACAACCUGGGAUUUGGUCACGACGAGCCGGAUAUUGCGAGCAAAAUCCCUCCGCGUUUUUUCGCUGCACCAUCACAGGCCACAGGCAUCGACUUCAGAGUAUUCCUGCAGUGCCAGCUCUUGCGUAUGGAUCGUGAGAAUCCAACCCUGGCCAAUCGUUUCCGGCAGGUCGAAGUAUUUGCAACGGUCGCUGACGCCUUUUCGAGCCUCUACUCGCGUGUGAGUGGCAUGCCAGUCGACAUGAUCAUGAGAGGGGCAGCGGGCACCCUCCCCUCGGCGCCUGAGACCGAGGAAGCCACGGGUGGUGUCACGGUGAAGGCUGCCACGAAGCUCCUGAACACCGUCCGCACUCGACGCAGCCUGAGCAGCCCGUCGGAUAUCGAGCAGAAGCGACGCACGCUCCUGUCUCAAGCCCGCACUCCGCCAGACUCGGCGAGUGCUGCCCGGCAUAAGAAACCAGAGACCCCCGCGCCGCAAAGUUGCGCGGCUACAGCAAUGGGGGGCGAUGAGCAGUGUGAGAACAAUCCAGCAGGGCGCAUACGUCAACUGAGAGAAGACAACUUGCAAAGGUUAUCAACGCGUCUCUCUGAAAGGCUCUGUUUGGAUCCCCUGACUGAAGAGGUCGUCCCCCCCGCUUCAGAAGAUGACACGCCUGUUUUUAUGUCUGUCGACACGAGCCCCUUGCAGCCUGACGUGCGGCGUGCCUCUCCCUCGGAAGCAGAAUUUUCACGUCGGCAUCAUUCUUCUCCGUGUGAAGUCGUGACCGUUCAAAGCAGCAAUUCGGCUGGUAAUUUGGAGCAGGAUGAAGUGAGCACUGCUGUGGCGGACAUUGUGCUUUUGAGCGAUCGGAGCACGUCUGCAGGUGAAGUGGUGUGCGGCGACUCAAUAGCUGGUCCCAAAAAACAGUUACGUGCGGUGCCUUGUCCGGAGCAGAAAGAAUGGCCCAGGAAACCCCUAACCUCCACUCCAGACACCGAGGUUGAGCCUUCACAUCGUCCACCACUUGCGGAGGCGAUGCAGAAGGAGUCCUUUGACAUUGAGGAGAUCCAGAGCAAUGAAGAUGAGGGUGCAGUGAACGUUGCCAGCAGCUUUCAUCAUACGUUGCCAAAAUGCAAAAGAGGUCUCUAUGCUGGCGAAAUGCUGUUAAGAGCCAACAGUGGUCAAUCUGACAGCAGUGGAUUUGAAGACGUCAACACGGAGUGUAUUGCAAUGAGCAGCAUACAGACACAUUCAACAUAUCUGGGGGAAAUGGGCAGCAGUGCGGAGAGUUUUGACAGCCAGACUACGCUGACCCUGCCCUCCGAGACACAGCCCUCUGAUGAUGUGGACAUUGCCAUUCACUACAAAACAUCUGUGUCUGCAAUUUAUAGUUCUCCAAGCAGUGACACUGAAAGUCACACACGAGGCGAAGGGUCUGAUGAUGACAUUUCAGUUGCUGAUAAGGACACAAAACCGGUUGAGAUUGAAAAAUGCAAGCAUGACCACCAUUCUUGUGACUCAACGAAAACCGAUGCAGCUGGAAACCAAUGUGCUGUGAGGAAUGCAGAAUUAAACACAAACACAAGUCCCGCACUGCCACAGUGUGAAGAAUGUAUUGCCGAGUAUUCACCACAUUUUUUACAGAAGUCUGCAUCCAUAAUGGACUCCGGUGGGUCCAAACGGAGUGCAAGUGAUGUUGUGCAGCAUUGUCAAGUGUCGGAUAUGCAAUAUGUGGAGCCCGAUCAUGUGAUUUACAAUGAAUCUUUAAAACUCGUGCCUCAUGGUGUUGGACUUGAAAUUCAGGGUAGUGUGAAUAUAACACAUAACUCUCCAAAAGAUGCUGUUGGAAAUGAAAUGGCCUCUGAUAAAGGUAAUUCAAGAGCAAGCCUUGAAAAAGAAAGUUUUUUUAAUUUCCCAAUGUCGGCUUCGGAAGAAUGGUGUGCGGAACGAGAUACAGCCAUUGCAGUGGGCGAGUGCAAUUUCACCCCUCAGCCUGGAGCAGAGGGCCAUGAUGGUGAUGAUUCUCAACGUCACAAGGACAUGGCAACAAAACACCCAUUGCUUGCCAAGUCUUAUGAAAGUGGAGAUGCACAAACUGAGAAUUUCCCAAUAAAUGAGAAUAUUGAAUCUGCACUCCAAAGGUUGUCCUUAAGAAAAUCAAUGAAACAACCAGUGAGGACCCCACAAGGAUCAAACAGUCCUUUUGGUGUGGAUGAUCUGAUGGCCACCGUUUCCCUAGAUCCUGUAGAAUGUCAUGAUGGAGAUAGCACCCUCACUUUGGAGCAUGCACAAUGUCCAUUUCUUAGUCCCACAAAGGUGGUUUCAACUAUCAACAUUCAAAUGACACCAGAUCACAAAAUGUCCUGUAGCCCUGUGGCUUUCACAUUCAAAUAUAACACCACUGAAGAAGACAAACCGAAGGAGCCUAUCGGCAUGCGAAAGCCAAGGCUAAUCAAGCAGAUGUCUGCCCCUGUUUUAGAAAUGACCCACUUUUCAGAAGAUGUACAGCAAACUUUGUCUCAAGCACCAGUUUCUUUUCAGGACAGGGUUACAACGACAUCUUCUAGGUCUGUGAUUUCUGUGCCCCAACACAACCAGCCCAUAGAUCACACCAGCCUCUACAGAACCGUUUCACUGGAUGCCGGACUGGGGUGCAACACACCGCCUCUCCAAAGAGCCCAGUCUUGCCAGAGCUGUUGUUUUCAGUGUCACCGCCCCAUUCCCUGCUGCCAUGCUUUGCAAACCCAGGCCUAUUGCCCGAGGGUGCGGUGCAGCAGUGUGUGUGGACAGACUGGCCAGUUUGAGGAUUUCCAUAGCCACCCAUCCACACCGGGGGUCACCUCUCCUCUAUACCACUUCCCCAUGCGGCCAUCUCUCUCCAGACCAGAAAUUGAGGCCGAGCUGCAUAAGAUCCUCUUUGACAUCAGGACAUCGACAAACAAGCUGUCCACGUUUAACGUGCAGAAUAUGCAUAUGCUGGUGGAACUUCACGCGCUGAAGCAGAACGUUCGUCAUUUCCACGUUGAGCUCACGGAACUUGAGAUUGGCGUCUUGAGCCAGCAAGCUUCAAUUCGCAGACCUCUCAGUGAGCAAGAAAGACUGCAAGGAGAGCACUUGCGUGGGUUGAGGUGGACGGUGAGAAAGGAACUGAUGGAGUUGGAGGGGCGUCUGGAGGAGAGGACACGCGAGCUGGAGUUGCACCAGGAGACGUCAAACUUCCGCUCGUCAUUCCAGAGCCCGGAAGCUCGGAGUCCGAGCCUUUCGAGAACUCUCUCGGGUGAGUGCUCGCCGUCCAUCUUUAACGAGGUGGUGGAUGAGGUGGAUGCGGGCUGCUCGGAAAGCUGCGAGUCGUCCUUCCCAUCCGCCGAAGCUGAAUGCGAUGAGGGGGCAUCCUCGGGCCCGGAGCCAGACAUGAAAAAGGAGUUUGCCAGUGCGAAAGAAAUAGCCAGAGUUUUGCACGAGAUUAAGGAGUCUGUGGUAGGAGAGAUCAGACGGGAGUUGGUAGAAAAGCUGCUGCCUAUCUUCAAUUUCUCGUCCAAGCCAGUACAUCCUAAGAACACAGAUGGGGAAGAGUAGUUGCACUUCUGGUGUCAAGGCUGCUUGGAAGAUAACUUUAUGAGAUCGCAAUGCUAUUUACUCUGAAGACACUGUUACAUAAUUUGCACUAAAUACUGCCUACUUUAUCCCAGCUCCACUAAUGUGUGGUACUCACUGGAUUAUUGUCAUUCAUGAUGUUUAUUUGGGUUAUGUGAGAUACACUGAUAAGUUUGUUGACGACAAGAGGUAUUGCUGUAAUUGAAAUAAGUUGCAGCCUUCUCUGAAACCUGUCCCUAAAUGAAGGUAAUGUUGCCUCCAGGGUGGCAUGCAGAGGGUUUUGUCACUUAGCAACUUGUGUUUUUCCUGCUGUUGAUGUACCAUUCUGUCUGUGUGGGAUUGUGCUCCAUCAUUUGUUUGGUGGGAUUAUGCCCCAGCUGGGUAUGCCUGCCUCUGGUUUGCAUCUAUUCAGAUUCAAUCCAGAGCCAGACUUGAUGCCAAUGUUAGAAGCCAGCAGCUUACUUUAGCAAAGCCUCUUGUGUGUUUAUAAAAAAAUUGGAUAGCAACAAGCAGUUUACCUGCAUUACACAUUCUGUGGAACUUGGCAUUCAAAUGAGUGAUAAGGUAUUUUGUGCUUCCCUAUUUUAUGUUCUUGUAGACAGCUUGGUUAUUUAAAAUUAGGAUGAUAUUCAUGUUCUUCAUUGACAUUUAUGUACACUUUAUAUUGAAACUUGAAAUAUGUGGUGUGCAUUGUUACAAAUGCUUUCCAAAGGGUUGAGAGGUGUUGAUUUCUGAGGAAGAGAGACUGGUCAGAUUAGCUGUGAGUAGCAAUGUUUAUUUGUCUCGCCUUUUUUUGUGCCUUAACGCCAAGGCUCUGGGGUAGUUUCUGGCAACAACUUUUUCCUUGAUGUGAACACUAAACAGUUGAAAGAAAUUACUUUAAAAGUAGAUUUCAAUUCGGGGAAAUAAUCAUACUUUCGUGUUUGAAAAUUUACAAUGUCUUGUAAGACUAACUGUUUUUAAGGAAAUUCUAUCGUCAAAAAAUACCACAGAUUGUUGCAGCAACGCAACGACAUUAAGUAGUUUGGCUUCAAUUAACCUCUCCCUCCAGCACAAGUGCUGGUGCACAGGGACUGGAUGGAGAAAAAGUACACUUCAUAAUAUCUAAUACCUUGCUUAAGGAUAUGAGCAAUUCAGUUGUGCAGCUGAAAUUGCUUUCAUAUGCCUAUUACAUUGAAUAUUUAGCAACGUGCCUUGUGUCUGUACGUUGUGACUUGAAUACAUUAAAUUGUACUGAGUUUAAAAAGUGCCGAGGAGCUUUCGUGCCCCUUUGGGCAGCUUGACUUACAAUUAACACUCAGAUUGAAUAAAUAUGCUUUUAUAAUUUAUGAGAAUAUAAUUGUGGCGCUAAAAACAGUAAAUGCAGGUUUUACGUUUUUGGUUCCUUCAUAGUUUAUACUUGGGCUUUAUUAUGUUAUAUGGGGAAGCAUUGGGUGUUUUGUGCAAUACUGCCAUGGUUUUUUCACUGCUGUAAAUGUCUUCACAGUUGCUCGUGUGUGUGCCUACUGUAACCCAAUAGUUCUGCACUUGUAUUCAGAACAUGCUGCUGUUUUGAUCUUUGUCAGAGUGUUAUUUUUGAACGUGUUUUUGUCUUUCCGUAUGUGUAUUUAUUAAUGCUACUUAAUGGAUAAUAAAUAACGGAUGUGUGAUUUAUUGUUUUAUUCGUCGCCCAGCGUUAUGAAUGUGCAGCACCACGAGUACAUUGUGAUGUGGAUGGUACUUGAGAUUAAAUGUAGAUUGGUGACACAUGCACCUCUUAAACCCAUUUUAUUUUUCGAAAAAAAUAUUUGUAUCUAAUGCUUUAAUAUAUAUCUGUAAAAUGUCCUCACCCAUGUCUGUGCUACAGUAUUUGAUACCUAUUUGGGUUCAGCUGUUUUAAAAUAAAUGUGUGAAUGAGUACACUGCAUAUGAAUAGAUUGCAUUUUGUUUUGACAAAUGUAAUCCUAAUAAACCUCAUAAAAGAA